GCGCUCCUGGGAGUUGGAGUCCGCGCGCGUGGGCGGCGCGCUCGGGCCGCGGGGCUGGACGCCGGCGGGCACUCUGUUUCCCAGGCGCGCUCGGCGGGGGGCGGGGCUCGCGCCCGGCGCGCUCGUGGCGGCCUUUUCGUAAAGGCUGCGGGCGCGGGCGCUGAGGCAGGCGGCGGGUGGUGGUCCGGGGCCGGAUGCGGUGUGUUCCCGAGGCCGCGGGCAGGAUCGGCGGGCGCAGGGCGAGGUGUUGGACUUUACUAGCUCUUCUGGCAUUUACAUAGUUUUCAUAUAGAAGCAGCACUGGACUAAAAUGUUCCUGAUGCCGGCCUCUUCAGAGUUGAGCAGUGGGCAGGACUUCUUAACCCAGUGGAUUACCAAUCCUUCUCGGGCUGGGGUAAUACUAAAUCGUGAAUUUCCCAUCCUGGAAGCAGAUGAAGAGAAGCAUGCAACUGUGAACAUAUCUACCAGCUUUCCCGUAAAAGCUGUACAUUGUUUAAAUAGCUUCAGUUUUUUAAGUGAAGAGGAUUCACUUGAAGAACAGAAAUUGAAACCUACUAGCCCUUACAAAUUACAGUCAGAUGAAUCUGCAGCACAGACUGUCUUCCCUUUAACCAAAAAGGGCCCACAAAUUAUGGCAUGUGAGGGUGCUACUGGGCAUUUGGAAGGUAACAAAAGUGACUUUAUUUCAGAAACUGAAAAUGAAAGCAAAGACUUGGCUUAUAAAGAUCCACUUUUUAAAAAGCUUGAACAGCUGAAAGAAGUGCAACAGAAGAAGCAGGAGCAACUGAAGAGGCAACAGUUAGAGCAACUGCAGAGACUCAUGGAGGAGCAAGAGAAGUUGUUAAACAAGGAGUCUGGGCAGCACAUACUCCCAGGUAUAACUCUACUGCCUGAUACUCAGAGCCCAAAGUAUAGAUCUCCAGGAAAUUCUGCUACCAUAGAGAAAAACACCCCCUUCUUAUCAACUGUCAGCCAGAGUCAAACACAAGGGAAAAUGUACACUUCCAACUUUUUAUCUGAUCAACAAAACCACUUCAGCGAAAGUGUUCCUCAGGAUCUUGUCUCAAGCGGUGCAUUUCCCAGUUUGUUUUAUGUAGCAAAAUAUCAAGGAGCACCUGUGAAAAAGAGUGAUUUUAAGGAAGAAAAUUGUAAUGACUGUAUAGGAGAAGAUAUUUUACCAUGUUUGGAGAAAGUGACGGAACAGUUUCAGGAGGGGAGUGAGAUGAACUUACAAAAAGUUGGUGGCUCCUCAGAAGUGGUUAAUAUUGAAGAAAGGCCGAUUAAAGUUGCAACUAGAGAAAAGAAGCAGACAUUUGAAGACUAUUUAGAAGAACAGAUUCGGUUGGACGAACAGAAAAUGAAACAAAAACAGCUAAGGGAAGCAGAAGGAUCAUUGCUAAUCAAAGCAAAACCUAAACAGCCAUUUUUGAAACGAGGAGAAGGCUUAGCUAGAUUUACUAAUGCUAAAUCUAAAUUUCAGAAAGGAAGAGAAGGUAUUCUAGAGAAUAACCAGAGCGUUUUAGAGGAUCGACCUAUAUUUAAAAUAGACAGACAACAAUUCCAACGGAAAACUGCUCUUAUAAGUAAAGAACUAAGUACAGAGAGUCCUCCUGUUAAAAAAACCACUAACCCCAGAACCAAGGCGGGUUCUGUCCUGCUCAAUCAGAAGCCAACGGUACUUAAGAAUAAAAGGAAAAGCCUUUCUCCAUCAGGAUUGAAAAUUCCAGUAAGGAAGAAUUGUGAUGGGCAGGUUAGAGACCAGGCCAGAUUAGAAAAGAAACAUGAAUCUAAUAAUAAAGAAAAUGUACCUGAGUAUGUAAAGCCUAGUAAUAUGACUUGUAAAGUCUGGAGUCAAACACAAGGUAAAGACAAACCACCUCCUUUGACUGGAGCUGCCAGCUGCAAGGCUUCUAGAAGUGAGGCUGUGAAAGAGGUGGAAUCUGCCCUAGACAUUUCUUUCCAGAAAAAGUUGGAGAACUGGGAACAAGAAAAGGAAAAGGAAAAUUUGGAAUUAGAUGAAUUUCUGUUUCUAGAACAAGCAGCUGAUGAGAUAUCAUUUUCCAGUAAUUCCUCUUUUGUACUGAAGAUUUUGGAGAGGGACCAACAAAUUUGCCAAGGUCGCCGACUGUCUUCUACCCCUGUCAAAACUGUGCAGCUAGAAAACAUGACACCAGACCCUGUUAAUCAUUGCAGUCAAAAUGAGACUCCAGGGGGCUCUGGCUGUGGGCAUCAUCAUGAGUGUGAGACUGCACCCCGACAAGUGGACUCUGCGUUCCCAUCUGAUGGACUGAGGGAACUGUCCCGUAAAGCCAGUAGGAAAGUGUUCGAAUUGAGCACUUCUGAGAAUCCAGCUAGGUGGAGUAUGAGCGAAGAAGGUGCUAUGGAUAGUGACAGUAGUACUACUUUUGAGGAACUUGAUAUCACCAUAAGGCCCUCAGCUGAGGAUAAAGGAAGGGCUUUUAGCCACAGCGGGGAGAGCCUGCAGGUCUCUGACAGUGAGAGACCCUUCUGGGAAGCCGGGGCUCAAACAGAGACUGAAAGGAAAGAUGCUGACCUGGAUUUGUCUGAUAAAGAUUAUAGUAGUGAUGAGUUUGCCAGAGUAGAAAACUUGAAAAAUGAAGCUGUAAAUAUCAGUAAAAUUGACUUCGAUGAUGAAAGAACUUGGACUGACCUUGAAGAACAUUCAUUUAAGAAUGAUGCUGUUCUUGGGAAUGGAGCCAUUCCAGCAUCUCCCCACACAGCCUGCUCCUCAAAGGGUGAAAUAUGUGCACCUGACAGGACAAUAAGAAGGAAGGUCGCCCCUGUGAGGAAGGGGGAAGGACUGAGCAAACCCAACAGGAGCUCCAGCCCUCCCGCAUCAGAUCUGAUGAUUAAACUCUUCCCUGCUUUGAGACCGACACCAAAACCAGAGUCACACUUGGGAAAUGAAUCCAAAUUAAACCAAAGUCAAGACCACCCGUCUGGUGAGAGUGCUAGAUCUCAAGUUUUGAGAGAGAAAGUUUCAGAAUUGGAAACAGAAAUAGAAAAAUUUAAAGCUGAGAAUACAACUUUAGUAAAACUUCGCAUUGAACAAGAAAGUUCCUUGGAAAAACUCAGGAAAGAAAUUACAGACUUUGAACAACACAAAGCAAAAGAAUUAGCUCAAAUAGAAGAACUUAAGAAGGAGGAAAUAAGGAAGCUACAAAAAGAGCGUAAAGUUUUUGAGAAGUAUACUACAGCCACAAGAGCUUUUCCAGAUAAAAAGGAACGUGAAGAAAUACAGGCUUUGAAGCAGCAAAUAGCGGAUUUACAGGAAGAUUUGAAAAGAAAGGAAGCAAAAUGGUCAAGUGCACAUGGCCGUCUGAGAAGCCAGAUAGAAGUGCUGGUCAGAGAGAACACAGAGCUCCGUGAGGAAAUUAAAGUGAUGGGAAGGUCACGGCUAGACGCUUGGAAGAGAGCCAGCGCUGCUGAGAGCAGCAUGAAGAAUUCAUCAGUUCGAUUUCAAAACAACCAUAGUUCUUCAGAAAACCAGGCAGAAAAAUUCAAGCAUUUGCCAACACAAGGCAAUCCAUCUCGAAGAUUCAAAUCUGUGCCUUCAAGUGAUGUAGGCAGUUCAAAUAAGGGACAAAUUUCCUCACCCAAGGAGCCACCUGACAUAGUGAACUUUACAGACUGCAGAUAUAAAGAGGAUGAUGAAAAAGGAGAAAAUGAAGAAAUUCAAGAAGUCAGUCAUCCUGAUGGAAAGAUUGAAAAGGUUUAUAAGAACGGGUGCCAGGUCAUACUAUUCCCAAAUGGAACCAGGAAAGAAGUGAGCGCAGACGGGAAGACAGUUACCAUCACUUUCUUCAAUGGUGAUGUGAAGCAGGUCAUGCCAGACGAGAGAGUGAUCUACUACUAUGCAACUGCUCAGACCACGCACACUACCUACCCAGGGGGGCUGGAAGUCCUCCAUUUCUCAAGUGGACAAACCGAAAAGCAUUUUCCAGAUGGGAGGAAAGAAAUCACAUUUCCUGACCAGACUAUCAAAAAUUUAUUUGCUGAUGGACAAGAGGAGAGCAUUUUCCCAGAUGGUACAAUUGUUCGAGUACAACGAGAUGGCAACAAAAUCAUCGAGUUUAAUAAUGGCCAAAGAGAACUCCAUACUACACAGUUCAAGAGACGGGAAUAUCCAGAUGGCACUGUUAAAACUGUAUAUACAAAUGGCCAGCAAGAGACAAAAUAUACAUCUGGUCGAAUAAGAGUUAAAGACAAGGACGGUAACGUUAUAAUGGAUACAAAAUUAUAAUGGUCCUUAAGUGACUAAUCAUGAAAUAACACUAACUUAAUUUUCUUGUUGAAAAAAUGUACAUUUAUUUCAUGUAUGUUCUGUUGUUUAAUUUGUAUGUACUCUGUGUGUAUGUGUGUGUUUGUAUGACUCUAUGUAAAUGGAAAAGAUUGCUUGGAUUCUAAAAUAAAACUCAGUUUUUUAAUUUUUAAUCUUUUGAAGUGGAUAAGGGAAACAUUUUUCAUCUACCCUAGUCUGUCACUUUACUGUCAGGUUUUUGACUGCUUUAUUACAAACUAUAUAGACUUACUAAAAAUAAGUGGUUGUAGAUGGUUAUAAAAUCUAAGAAAAGCAAGUACUACAUGAUCAUAGAUUUCCUACAAUGACCACCAGCUACAGAACCAGGACUUGCAUAGAAUGUUUAUUCAAAAAAUAAAUUAAGUUUUACAGGGGCCAGAGAGAUAGUACAUUGAGUAAGGCCCUGGUCUUGCUUGAGGCCAACUUAUGCCAGGUGUGGGCCGAAAACAAAACAAAAACUUUCCAGUCGAAAUAUUAAUAUUACUAUGUUCAGUUAUACCCAAAUGAUACUGUUUUUUAGUAUAUACUUUAUUUUCACAAAAGUAGUUCACAAUAGUUCAGUACAGAUAAUAUUCAAACACCAAUCCCACCACUGAGCACCUUCCCACCAUAAUAAAAGUGAAGUGUGUGAAGUUUAUUGUAUUUCAUUCUGGAACCAUUUAAGUCUGUAUAUCAGAGAUACAAGCAAGUAUGUUAAAACCAAAUAAACGUGUGCUACUUUUGGUACAUCAGUGGGCUGGAGUAUAAGAGGUUCAGGACAAUAUGCAGCGCUCUCUUCCAGGAGCUUUAGUUUUAUAGUCUCUGGAUCUUGGCCAUUGAUGAUAUUACAUAGCCCCGGGGGACCAGUUUGUGGGUGUGACUGCCAAGCUACUGGAAAACUGGGGAGGAGGCCCAGUUCUGAUCCAAGUGGGUUUGGAGAUCUGUCACAGGUCCCGCAUACCUGGGUUUUUCUGCUGGUUCCCCCUCAGGUAAAGCUUGUACUUCUUGGGUGAGGCUGGUUUGAGCAUGUGGAAAGUGGCCUUGAGCAUGGCUGCAGUUGGGUUUCUCAGGUUUUUGGCUGCUGGGGUCCUGCUUGGGGCAGGAAGGGAAACUCAACUUUCCCCCUUCUGAGGUGCCCCGGUAAAGACAGCGUGGUGCGGGGUCAGGACAUUGCCAAAAUGAAACUAUUUUAUAUCCUACAGAUGUUUUUUAAAUUUUAAUGGGAGAGCCCGGCAAGCUCCCAAGAGUAUCCCGCCUGCACGGACAGAGCCUGGCAAGCUACCCGUGGCGUAUUCGAUAUGCCAAAAGCAGUAACGAUAGCUCUCAUUCCCCUGACCCUGAAAGAGCCUCCAAUCUUUGGGAACGAUGAGUAAGGAGAGGCUGCUAAAAUCUCAGGGCUGGGAGGAAUAGAGACACUACUGGUGCCCACUCAAGUAAGUCGAAGAACAAUGGGAUGACAGUGAUACAGUGAGUAACUUAAAAUAAUGAAUGCAUAUAUUGCAAUUGGUCAAAUAAGAAAUCAGGUGCAAGAAUUCACUUAUAUUGGUAGAGAAAACCUCACUGUUGAGCAGUUAUGAUGAGGUUAACUGUAACUAGUCAAAAUGAGACUCUUGAGGGGGCAUGAACAGAAGAAAAAUGUCCUUGAUGGAAGGGCACAUCAUCUACAUGUAAAUUUAUACAGCAGUUACAGGUUGUUCUACUCAGUAGUUAAACAUGAAAGCUAAACUAUUCCAGGUGACUUAAGGAUUGAAUGUAAAAAAAAGCUUAAAAAAUUUUAAAGAUAGUAAGGAGCUACCUGUAUUUUGACCUCAGAACAGAGACUUUAAAGGAGACACAUAAAGCACAGAUCUUAAUGGCUGAGUUUGCAUGUCCAAAGAGGUUACAAAAGAGAAAAAAGUCACACACUAGAAAAGACAUGCAUAACUGGAAAAGGAUUAAUAUUCAGAAUAUAUACAAAAUAAAAAGAAAAAGAAUUCUUACAAAUAACAUAACUGGAAAUAAUUCAAGAGAAAAAUAGGUAAGGCUUUGAUUGUUUUUUUCUGUUUGGCCACAUUCAGUGGUAAUAGUAGGUGCAUGGGGUGAAAUCUGGGGAUCCUGUAUGCGAGGCACGUCCUCCAAACCUGUGAGCCAUUUCUCCAGCUCCUCCCAAAACACUCAGUAAGUCUCAGGGGCUCUUGUGCUCAGGGUAUUAUCCAGUGCUGGGCUGGCUGCAUGCAAAACAAGACAAACACCCUAAUCUCUGUACUCUCUACCCCCUCCCCCAAUAUGUGUAACAUAUAUAUAUAUUUUUUGGGGGGUGGACAACCACACCUGAUGAUGCUCAGGAUUUAUGCCUGGCUCCACACUCAGGAAUUACUCCUGGCAGUGCUCCAGGGACCAUAUGGGAUGUGAGGGGUUGAACCUGGGUUGGGCACAGCAAGGCAAAUGUCCUCCCCGAAGUACUAUUGUUCUGGCCCCUCCCCCUAACAUAUUUUUUAAGGUGAAUAUACAUUAUAUAUAACUGAAUUUAUGAUAAUAAAAUGGGCUAGAUUAUUAUUUUCAUAUACCCAAAGUACUUUAUUUGAAAUUAUAGUAAAGUAAACAAUACUAAAAAAAAAAAACAAACUGUGUUUUUCAAACAACUAAGAACAGUUCAACAUGCAAUGGGGGAAAAAGCAAGUACCACCAUUACAGAAAAAAUCAGGGAAAAAAGUUUAAAUAACAGAAACUUUUCUUCUAGGCUGUUGUAUAUUCUCUGUACCGUAUAUCUGAAAAAUAAAAUGUGUUCAUUUAAACCUUUGCUUACUAUAAGUCACUUGUUUUUAUUAAUGUGAAUGGAUAAAUAACAGGUUUACCCAACUAUCUUUAAUGACCUUGUUAGGAAAACACCGAUGUACAGUUUUGCUGUGAUGAAACUAUGCAUUGGACCUGCUCUGAGC